GGCAGGCCCCAAGGAAGCCAGGAAGAAGAAGGCAGGCAGAGUUCUCUGCAGCAGCAGACCCUCUGCCCAGAACAUCCUCCAGCACAGCUUUUGCCAGCACCUCUGCUGACUGGAACUGCAGGCACACAACCAACUACAAACCAGCGCUCUGAACCAGCCAACUAGAUUUGAACAUCAUCAUGCCACCGAAGAAGGCAAGUGGAGCUGCAGGACGGAAGAGGCGGAGGCUGGAGGCAGAGGAAGCCCAGAGGUCGAGCAGGAUCCUUGAGUCAUUCUUUGCAAGGCCCGGGACAAGUAGCUCCACACCACCUCCCACAGAGUCGCCAGCACAAGUGGAGGAGGAAGUCCAGCCAGAUGAAGGUGGAUCAAGUACACAUCCACCACAAGUGGAGGAGGGAGUCCAGCCAGAUGAGGAGGCCGAGGCUGCCACAGAGAGUGUGGACGUGACAGGAGGGGAAGCCAGUGGUGAUGUCGGGUCUACUGAUGAGAGUGAGACUGAACCCAAGGAGGAGGAGGACACUAUGUGCAGUGAACUGGAUGCUGACCAAGAGCCUCUAACUGUUAGGCCGGAAGUGAUUGAGCGGCAUGACAUCGGACUUCUGCAGUUUGACAAGGCAACUGGAAGACCGGUUAUCCCUGACAUGCUUAGAGAAGAAAUGAUAAGGCUGGGUGCUAAGUAUUUCCAGAACUCUGAGGGGCCUUUCCUACCAACUAAAAACCGUGUGAUGAACAAGACUUGGUUCAGGAAGAGAUUGGGAGGUGGCUGUGGUGCGGAUGUGGAUCGCCCAUGGAUGCUCUAUUCCCCUUCUAAGAGGUCGGCAUUUUGCUUCUGCUGUCUUCUCUUUUCCCGAUCAGAGCAUCAGUCCACAUUGGAGCAGGAAAGUGGAUUCAAAAACUGGAAAAAACCUGAAAGGAUUUCUGUUCAUGAGAAUGCCAAGAAUCAUCUGGAGUGCUUCGCACAGUGGAUAGAAAUGGAGAGAAAUAUAGCUGGAAACAGAGGACUCAUUGAUGCGGAACUUCGGUCACAGAUUGAGAAGGAGAAGCAGAGGUGGCGCGAAAUCUUGACAAGAAUCCUUAACUGCAUCAAAUACCUUGCAACUCAGAACCUGCCUUUGCGAGGACAUAGGGAGUCACUUCAGCUAUAUGACACCAAUGUAGGAAAUUUCCUUGGCUUAGUAAAACUAAUGGCUACUUGUGACCCAGUCAUGAAAGAACACCUGACCCAUGUGGAAAGUCAUCCUGGAUCCACCUCUUAUCUUUCACCGGCAGUCCAGAAUGAAUUCAUCCAUCUGAUGGCAUCCACUGUUCGCAAGAGUAUUCUGGGAGGCAUUCGCAAAGCAAAAUACUAUGGCCUCAUGUUCGACUCGACUCCUGACCUGGCACACCGUGAGCAGAUGUCACAAGUAGUUCAAUAUGUAGAAAUUGAUUAUGAGAGUCAUACAGUCCGUGUGAGAGAGUCCUUCCUUGGUUUUAUCAAGCUAAGCCAGAAGGAUGCUGAGAGCUUGACUAAAGACAUUUUGGAAAAGUUAGAGAAGGACGGAAUGGAGCUGCAAGAUUGUCGGUCACAGUGCUAUGACAAUGCUGCUGUGAUGGCUGGACACAGAAGUGGUGUUGCUCAACGGAUACGUGAGCAAAACAAGCUGGCAGUGUUUGUGAAUUGCGACAAUCAUUCACUCAACUUGGUGGGUGUACAUGCAGCCAAAGAGGAUGUGGAGAUGGAGUCAUUUUUUGGAACCAUUGAUUCCCUCUACGCUUUUUUUUCUCGCUCAACACAGCGCUGGCAAAGACUCAGAGACGCCGUGCCUGUAUCUCUUAAGUCGGAGUCUGAAACCAGGUGGAGUUCAAGGACGGAAGCAGUGAAGCCAGUCAACAACCACCUGGAGAGGAUACUUGAAGUUCUUCUGGACAUGAGAGACGAUGCAGAUGAGACCGUUGAAAGCGGAAGUGAUGCAAAGCACCUGCGCAUCCACUUGUUGAGUUAUGAAUUUCUGACUCUACUGGGUUUUUGGAAUAAGAUCCUCGCUCGAAUUGACAGUGUUCAAAAGAGGCUGCAGGAUCCUAAAAUGAACUUCCACAAUGCUGAGCUGCAUUUGAAAGUCCUCCAGGAUUGUUUUCAUGUCAGUGAGGCACUCGACGUAGGACAUCGUCUCUGUGAAGAAUGGGAUGUUGACUUUGAAAGACGUCCGAGACGGAAAAAACGAAUGCCUGGUGAGAAAUCAAGAGACGCUGGGCUAACAGCUAGGGAGGAGAUGGAAAGAGUCAUGAAGGGAGCACUCGACCGUCUUAACAGAGAACUGGGCGAGAGGUUCACUCGCCUGCAUGACACUGAUGCCAAGUUUGGGUUCCUUCUCGAUAGCGAGGGACUGUGCUACAGUGCUGACACAGAGAACCUAAAGAACAACUGUGAAAAUUUCUGCACAAUGUACAGCACUGAUGUUGAUGUGGCGCUAUAUGACGAGCUUUUGGUCUGCAGAAUGUUGCUAGCAGCACGGACUGACAUGAGAGUAGCAAGACCGGAACAGCUUCUCGAAUUUAUAGUUCAGUAUGGAUAUGACGCCACCUUCCCCAACUUGCGCAUUGCUGUACAGAUCAUUCUGACCAUUGCAAUUUCCGUUGCCAGCUGUGAAAGAUCAUUCAGCAAGUUAAAGCUGAUACUUUCCUGUCUCAGAACUUCCAUGGGUCAAGACAGACUCUGUGAUCUUGCUCUGCUGAGCAUAGAGAGAGAGGAAACAGAAAAAACUAACUGA